AUGAUUUAAUUUAUUUAAAUUAAUUAGAUUCAAACUUAUAUUAAAAUUAUUCUGUUUAUAAUUCAAGGUCAUUCAAACCAAAUACUAAAUCAAACAGUUAGUGGCACGGCUCUAACAACGUUAUUGAUGCACAUAUGAUUUGACUGGACGAAGUUUUUCCCUUUUUUCGGCAAAUAAACAGAGAAUAUUCUCCCAAGUUGAAUUGUAAAAAAAUCCAAACAUUAUCGAUUAAUAGAUUUGGUCGGUUUGAAAAAUUAUCCUAAAAUAAAUAAUAUUAUUAUCUUAGUCGUUAAACUUGGACCAACUAACGUAACUAACACCAACAUUGACCUUCAUGCUGGAACGUGGCAUCUUCACGUACUUCAAAUUGACAACCGACGUGUAUGAAUAUGCCAAGUCGCCAACUUUUCGAUUACGUGGCAAGCCCUGGAGUUAACCUAUAUGACCCUCCCACGUGCAGCUUUUUAUUACGUGUUGAUAGACCUUGUGGACACGGCUGUAGGGCCACUCCACUUGGUGGCGGUGGGUGUUAUUUAAACACAAAUAGUGAUUUUUUCGUUUAAUCACACUUUACCCUUUUUCAUUUCUUUUUACCUUUUUAAUAAAUAAAAGGAAGCUAAGUCAAGUCCUAAAAACGACGACGUUUACCAAAAUCUUGUCUCCUAGAAAAAUCAUUUUGUUGAUUACCAUCUAAUUACAAUUAUUUAACAUAAUCGGACCCACCCAAAAACCCUAUAUAAACACCCCACCACCACACUUUCUUUCAUCAACUCAAAUCACUCCAAUCUUCAAACCUUAAAAACACUCUUUUCAAUCUUUAAAAUCUUCAAACUUUUCAAUAUGGCUCCUAACGUCACCGCUCUCACUAAGACCGCCCCUCUCUCCAAGGCUCCAAGCCUCUCUAGCCGUGCAUUUGUGACGUUCUUGGCAGGUAACGGGGAUUAUUGGAAGGGAGUGGUGGGGUUGGCCAAAGGGUUGAGGAAGGUGAAAAGCAGUUAUCCUCUUGUUGUUGCGAUUUUGCCUGACGUCCCUGAAGAGCACAGGAGGAUACUGGUGGAUCAAGGAUGUAUUGUGAGGGAGAUCGAACCCGUGUAUCCUCCUCAGAAUAAGACUGAGUUCGCCAUGGCUUAUUAUGUCAUCAACUACUCCAAGCUUCGUAUUUGGGAGUUUGUUGAGUACAGUAAGAUGAUAUAUUUGGAUGGUGACAUCCAAGUGUUUGAAAACAUAGAUCAUCUCUUCGACAUGGCUGAUGGUUACUUCUACGCCGUGAUGGACUGUUUCUGUGAGAAGACAUGGAGUCACACCCCUCAGUACAAUAUUCGCUAUUGCCAACAGUGUCCUAACAGGGUUCAGUGGCCGGCUGAGUUGGGUCCUAGGCCUCCAUUUUACUUCAACGCUGGCAUGUUUGUUUACGAGCCAAGCCUGUUAACUUAUGACCAUCUCUUGAAAACCCUUGAAAUUACACCUCCCACCCCUUUCGCAGAGCAGGAUUUCUUGAACAUGUACUUCAAGGAUAUUUACAAGCCCAUUCCUUCAAUUUACAACCUUGUGCUGGCCAUGUUAUGGCGUCACCCAGAGAAGAUUCAACUUGAUCAAGUCAAAGUUGUUCACUACUGUGCGGCUGGGUCUAAGCCGUGGAGGUACACUGGGAAAGAAGAGAACAUGGACAGGAAAGAUAUAAAGAUGCUGGUGAAGAAAUGGUGGGAAAUAUUCGACGAUGAAUCACUUGACUACAAGAACAGUGCAGCAAGUGUGGGUGAAGCAGAGGCAGUGAAGUUGGAGCAGUUAAUGGCAGCGUUAUCGGAAGCUGGAGUUGUUCACUAUAUUACCGCCCCAUCAGCUGCAUAGAAGAUGUAAAGUUUUCAAAAAAAGGAAUACGUGUUGCCUAUAAUAAUUAAUUAAGCCGUGUAUAGGAAGGAGUAAAGGGUGCCGUCUGUGUAAUUUUUAAUUUUAAUUUUUUUGAAAGUUGCGGUAGGCCGUGCUCCAUGAGGAGGACGAAGAUAUUUUUUAAUUAAUCUUCCUCUUCAGUUUCAGCAAA